AAAGGGUUGAGUAAUGGAGGGGGCAUUCCAAUUCCUAUUCAUUCCCACGCAGCUCCAGCCUCCAAAUCACAUGUCAAUAAAACACAAGAUUUGAUCCGGUCGAUGUUGCUUCAACGCCAAAUCCUCUCCACCUUCGGAAUCAACAUUCUCUAUCAAACCAACCCAACUAUUCACACAGCCUCGGCUAAUAAUCCGCUGCCACAUCAGCAAAUUCGCAUCAUCUGGAAACAUAUUUGGGGGAGCAUGGUCUGGUAUUGUGUGGGUUACACACCUGAUCAUUCCCCUUCCAGAGAUCGCGCAAUCCCCACCGCACUUCGGUACGACCGUAACGGGACUCCUCACCCUCCUAUUCGAUAACGUAGUGAGAAAAGUGCACCGCACGACCGUUAGGAACUCAGUCCCUGUCAGCAGUGGGCCACCGAGAUCCAAUGUGAAGGCGACACGUGGAAGCACUGCCUAGCUGUAAACACGUCUAGAUAUUCAACAAAUGAAAGGAAACGAAUCCAGAAUAAUUCCAUGACUCUGCCUUAUAUGCCGAUUUCAUUUUCACGGAAGGAGUGUUUCCUUUUCUUCCUUUUUUUUGUUUAUUUAUUUUUUUGCCCUUUCCGGUGCCUUUAAAUGAAGAAAGAGGAAACAGAGCGGGAACGCGUUCACCUCCACUCUUCCUCUUCUUAAAGUGUCCUCUCUCUCCAUUCUCUCUCGCCCUUCUCCUCUCUUCUCUCUGUUCUUGAGAUCUGUGUUUCUGAUUUCGAACCGUACUUUGGUUAAGCUUCGUGCAGGAACCAGAGGUUUGGUAAUUGAAGUAAUGGCUCCACCUAUUGAGACUCCAAACAAAGCUCUUAACUCUCAUCAACACUCACACCCACCUCUUAAUGAAAGGAUUCUUUCAUCCAUGACCCGGAGGGCUGUUGCUGCACACCCCUGGCAUGAUCUUGAGAUAGGACCUGGAGCUCCAACAAUUUUCAACUGUGUGGUUGAAAUAGGGAAAGGGAGCAAGGUGAAAUAUGAACUUGACAAGAAAACUGGACUGAUCAAGGUUGACCGUGUGCUGUACUCUUCAGUUGUGUACCCCCACAACUAUGGCUUUAUCCCACGUACUCUCUGUGAGGACAAUGACCCCAUGGAUGUCUUGGUUAUCAUGCAGGAACCAGUUCUUCCAGGAUGCUUUCUCCGGGCUAAAGCUAUUGGUCUCAUGCCUAUGAUUGAUCAGGGAGAGAAAGAUGACAAGAUAAUUGCAGUUUGUGCUGAUGAUCCUGAGUACCGACACUACACUGAUAUCAAUGAGCUCCCUCCGCACCGUUUGGCUGAGAUCCGCCGUUUCUUUGAAGAUUACAAGAAAAAUGAGAACAAGGAAGUUGCAGUUAACGACUUUCUGCCAUCUUCCAGUGCUUAUGAGGCAAUCCAGCAUUCCAUGAAUCUCUAUGCGGACUAUAUAGUGGAGAGCCUGAGGCGGUAGUCUGUUCAUUCUACACAUGAUAGAUCUGAAAGAGUGCCAGCCUUUUAUAUGGGAAGCUGUUGUUUUAUAACUAUCGUUCGUCCUUAUAAGAAACCUCUAUACCUUUGCUGCAUAUGUACACACUGGCUUGUGGACUGUGUGCUUAGACCUACUUUUGUAAUGAAUGGUUCUGAUAUUGCAUAUGGCAACUUUUGGAUGAUUUUCACUGUAACACAUUUGGGAAGGGAAGAAAAAUCUGUUGUUAGUUUAAGUCGCUAGAGUGUGUUGAUAUUUGUGAUGAUUUUUUGAUUUGUUGUGUCUUGUUAUCACCAUACCUGUAAGAUUCCUUUGCAAGGAGUGAAUUGGAUUAUCAUUCUCAA